UGCUUCUUGACAAACUUUCUUCCUCUCUUCCAUUGGCAAAGAUCAAUUAUUAAUAUCAGAGGCUCUGAAUUGUUUGAAGACUGCUAUUAUGUAUACUGAUUCUUCUGAUAAAGAUCUUUUCAUUAAUUUGAUCUUGUUGGAUGAGGAUAUUGUGAACAAGAUCCACUCUGUAUCAAGCGUGGAAAAGACCAUAUUGAGUUCAUUAGAGGACCUGUCCCAACUGCAUGCACUUGGAAGUGUUAUUUCUAUCCUUGCUGAAUCGUCUACAUAUUUCUGUACUAGAGUUCUUCAAGAGCACUUUGCACACUUGGUAGAUAUUGUGGGAACCAAAGCUGACUAUGAAUCCUGGCAGUUGAAUAAUUGUAAUGGAUCAUCUUCUGCUCCUGUCAACUAUGGAGCACUCUAUUUAUCUGUUCAAUUGCUUUCAUCCUGUAGAGAAGUGGCUUUGGUAUCUUAUGAAGAUUUUUCUUCUGUUAAAUUAGCAAAGGGUUCCUGGUGGCUUAUCUUGCAGAAAAAGCUGGAGCAGUUAAUCCAUCUCUUUCGAUCCAUUUUUACUAUAGCUUCUCAAUCUAUGCAGCCAAAUUUCAGACAAGAAUAUGUCUCUUGUGCUAUGAAGGGCUUGCUAACACUAGCAACAUUCCCGGAACAAUAUAUUAAUCAGGUUCUUGCUUAUGCACAACAAUCAAGAGAAAGGGCAAACAAGGAACAAGCUUCUCUUGUCGAGAGGAUGCAUGAGUACAAAAGGCAGAUAGACCGUGAGACUCGGUCUUCUAUAAAUGGUUUGAAUGAUUCUUAUAAUGGUGAUGGAAUACAGACUAUUGGCAGAAGUUCACAUAAACAGAUCGAGGCAGUUAUGCAGUCAACUUCAAAAGGCAAGGUUCAGACCAUUCGUCAAGGUUAUCUUUCGAAAAGAUCUUCAAACUUGAGAGCCGACUGGAAAAGAAGGUUCUUUGUACUUGAUAGUCGAGGAAUGUUGUACUACUAUCGGAAACAAAUUACUAGGCCACCUGUAGGUCUCUGUUGUAACAUUCGCUGUUGAAAUGCUCAUUAAAUUGGCACAAUAUUUUGUUCCAUGAUGCAUGAUAUAUAUAUAUUUAUUUA